AUGAGGAGAAAGAGUAAACUUCAGGCAUCACUCUUAGAUGUUAGGGUUCACGUUGAAUCAAACAACCCCAAAAGGCCAGCUGUUGCCAAGUACCUCCAAAACUUGUUUGAUUUGGAAGCAGAGCGUGGAAGGAAGGUUCUUCCAGUGGACAACCUGCUAGUUGGUAAAACUCGUAAGGAGGCAUCAAGGAUGUUUUUUGAAGCAUUGGUACUUAAAACAAGAGAUUACAUCCAUGUAGAACAGGAGAAUCCCUUUGACACCAUUAAUAUAAAGCCUGGAGUGAAGCUUUUGAAAUCCUGUUUUUGA